AUGGGUUGCUGUGGUUGUGGAAGUUGUGGUGGCUGCAGUGGUGGCUGUGGUGGCUGCGGUGGUGGCUGCGGUGGUGGCUGUGGUGGUGGCUGUGGCAGCUGCACCACCUGCAGGUACUACCGGGUGGGCUGCUGCUCCAGCUGCUGCCCCUGCUGCCGCGGCUGCUGUGGGGGCUGCUGCAGCACACCCGUGAUCUGUUGCUGCCGCCGCACCUGCAACUCAUGUCGCUAUGGCUGUGGGAAGGGCUGUUGCCAGCAGAAAGGCUGCUGCCAGAAGCAAUGCUGCUGCUAG